CGCGGCACCGGCCCCGGGCUGCCCCGGGGCGGCCACGGCCAGCAGGGCUGGCAACGGGCUACCAGCGCUGGCCACGGCCAUCGGUGCCGGCCACGGCUGCGGGCGACGCUGCAGCUGCUGGAGGGGCUGGUGGUGCCGGCGGCAGCACCGAUGCAGGUGCCAGCGCAGGCGCAGGUGCUGGAGCGGGUGCCGGAGUGGGUGCCGGUGCCGUUGCAGUUGCUGGUGCUGGAGCGGGUGCCGGCGCCAGAGCGGGUGCCGGAGCGGGUGCUGGUGCCGUUGCAGUUGCUGGUGCCGGAGCGGGUGCCGGAGCGGGUGCCAUUGCAGUUGCUGGUGCCGGAGCCGGUGCUGGUGCCAGAGCGGGUGCCAGAGCAGGUGCUGGAGCUGGAGCGGGUGCCGGAGCUGGUGCUGGUGCUGGAGCUGGAGCGGGUGCCGGAGGGGGCGCCGGAGCAGGGAGCCGACUGCCAUGGGGCGCGGCGGCCGGAGCCGGGGGCCGCGUCCGGGUACCGGAACUAUACGCAGGGGCAGCUGCUGGACCGGGUCUACGGCACCUACCUGCUGAUGCACACGCACCAGACCGUCGACUUCGUCCGGCAGAAGCACGCCGAGUACGGGCCCUGCUCCCUCCGCAAAAUGAGCAUCAUGGAGGCCUUGGACCUGCUGGACAACCUGGUGGACGAGUCCGACCCCGACGUGGACUUCCCCAACUCCUUCCACGCGUACCAGACGGCCGAGGGCAUCCGCCGGGCGCACCCGGACAGAGACUGGUUCCACCUCGUGGGGCUGCUGCACGACCUGGGGAAGGUCCUGGCGCUCUUCGGCGAGCCGCAGUGGGCCGUCGUGGGGGACACCUUCCCCGUGGGCUGCAAGGUGCAGCCCUCCGUGGUCUUCAGGGACUCCACCUUCCACGCCAACCCCGACACCAGGGACCCCCUGUACAGCACCGAGUUCGGCAUGUACCAGCCUCGCUGCGGCCUGGAGAAGGUGCUCAUGUCCUGGGGCCACGACGAGUACAUGUACAAAGUCAUGAAAUUCAACAACUUCUCCCUGCCCAAGGAGGCUUUCUACAUGAUUCGCUUCCACUCCUUCUACCCCUGGCACACGCACGGUGACUACAUGCACCUCUGCAACGACGAGGAUCUCCGCCUGCUGCCGUGGGUCAGGGAGCUCAACAAGUUCGACCUCUACACCAAGCAGGAAGAGCUGCCCGACGUGCAGCACCUCCGGAGCUACUACCAGGCGCUCAUCGACAAGUACUGCCCCGGGCAGCUGUGCUGGUGAGCCCUGCGCAGCCCCCGCCAGGGCCCAGCACUGCCGCCCGUCCCGCUCACCCCACACGCGGCCCCGGCCCCCGAGAGCACCCACAGCCCAGCGGGGCGCCAGGGCUAUCGAAUAAACCUGUUUGUCA